AUGGUGGUGCUAACAAAACUCAAGCACCCUCGCAGUCAGUUUAAACCUCCACUCAAGGACUCCAAUAAUGGAUCAUCAUCAACUACUUCAUCCAAGAGUACUACUACCGACACUACUAGUAAAAUAGCUAGUAGUCUAAAACAACAAACUCUCAAUUUUCCAACCAAAUCAUCAUUGGAAAAACAGUCACUCGAGUCUUCCUAUGAAUCUUCCGAAUCAUUGUCAUCACCUUCAUCCUCUGAUGAAGAAACUCAAGACAAGAAAUCAAUAGUGAAUAAUGUUAAAAAGAACAUUAACUCUACCAAACCACUCUCCACCAGCAACACCACCACUACUUCUGCACCAAUACGAAAGCCUUUCAAAACACCCUUUAAAACACCAUUCAAAGAUAAUGUUAAAUCAUCAUCGUCGAAUAGUGUACCCUCUACAUCAUCAACAAGCAAACCUUCCACCACAAAAAGUAAGCCUCUCCCACAAAAGAAAUCGAAUACUCACACGAAAGAGAAAUAUGAUAGCGAGUCUGUUACUAGUUCUGACGAAAGUGAUUCUCCAUCUGAGGAAGAUGAAGAACAAUCAUCAGAGGAUGAACAGGAAACAAAGAAAAAGCCAAUCACUUCCACACCUCAAAAGAAACCUCUCCUUUUGAAAAAAGCCAUUUCUAAAACUGAACCAACACCUAGGACUAAUAUUGUAAAUAUGAAAUCUUCAAAUGAAAAACCUUCUUCUAAGGUUUUUGAAAGUGUUCAACCAACAGAAGUUGAAAAACCUAACUCACAAGAAUGUAAGAAACAGCAAGCAUCUGAAAACAAAUUGAAAGACAAGAAGGAUGAAAAUAACAACCAUAGUGAGGAGACUCAAUCUAAAGUUGCAUCAGCUCAGUCAUCUUCCUUAUCACUUUCUUUAGAGAAUGAAAUGGACAAACAAACUCAAAACAAGACUUCACAAAUUUCUGUGGAUAAAACAAAGCAUUCAACUGCAGCAGAAGAACCUUUAAUUUUGGAAAUCUCAGACUCUUCCAUGUCCCCGCUAUUGAAAGAUUCCCCACCAAAGAGCAAAGCAAAGAAAAAGAAGAAUAUAACUUUUAAGGCAAUAGAAUCGCCUCCAACACAAAUUGAAAUUACGGAUAGCAUUCUGUAUGAGGAUAUUUUUACUUCAAAGAAAAAUCCUAUGGAAGAUGAACCAAAGUGGAAACUAAAGAAGAAACAAGAAAUAAGGGAAGAACAUGUCCCAAGACAAAUCAAAAUUUCAAAAUUUUUCAAGAAGGAAGCUCAUGAUGAAUCAGAGAUGAAACCAAUCUCAAGUGUAAAUAGAUCUGUAAAUUUAUCAAAAAAGAGAAAGGAAAAAUCAACCCCUGUACAAAACAGCCCAAGCGUAACCACACCUAUCUCAACAAUCAAGUCACCAGAAAUGAAAAAGGUUAAACCCAUCUCACAAACGACCUAUACUAUGAAAACCGAUACUCCCGAGAAGUUGGACCAACCAACACCAAAACUUUAUGCAAUGGAUAUUUCUCCUGUUACAUCAAUACUAUCAAUUCUUGAUAGUCAAGAUAGUCAAUGCUCACCUCCAGUGAUAUUGUCCAAACCAAAACAGGAAAUAAUCGAAGAGGAAGAGGUGGACGAGGCAAGUAGAGAGUCCUUAUUACCGUGGUCUCAAUCAUCACAAAUUGAGGAUAGUCAAAUGAUUACAUUCUCCCCUGUUUAUAAUUUGAAAUCAGAUGAGACACAAAUAGAUGAAGAUACUCGAGCACAAAAGAAAUCCUCAAUGUCUCUUUCACCGCUAAUUGACAUUAUUGGGUCAAAUAACUCACAACAGGUAAUAGUGUUGGACUUUGAUGAAACACAAAUACCUGAUACACCAACACACAAAAUUAACAUACCUUACUUGGAUGAUGUAAAAAUGAAAGAAGAAGGUGAGGAAUUUGAUGAGGAGAGUACCUCUAUUGACUUCUCAGAAAAGGUUUCCAUCACACCCCCACUCACUAACACUUCCAAAAAGGAUUAUCACGUUGGGUUUUUAACUUUACCUUAUAGUAUUGAUUUAGGUGCAACUAUUCAUGAUACUGAACUACCAACUGUCAAUAUAUUUCCAUCAGAUAAUCACAUAACAAACCCAUCCACUUUGCAACAGCAAUGGAAUGUCCAACCUAAAAAGCCAAUCAAGGCAAAGGCAUUUGGAAGAAGACAGAAAGUUUCAUUUAGACCAGUUUUCAAAGAACCAAUCGUUGACGAGGAUGUGAAACCAAAGCAAAAAGUUGACGAAUCUGUAAUGAAUAUCAUUGCAUCACAUAUUGAAUCACAAAACCAACCAAGGAGCGAUUCAUCUAAUUCACUAAGUGAUUUGAAUAACAAUGAUGUUUUGAGAACACCACCCUCAUUUAGCUCACCCGAGUUGUCACUGUAA